AUCGCGUCCUUGUCACAAUAUCGAUGUCUUCUGAUUCUACUCCAGACUACUCUGCAGUCGUAUCCGCAACUGGGUUCCUGAGACCUCGCGCAUCCCGCUCUCUAGAAAUCUUCCGAGACCAUCUAGUCACAUCCCAUAGAGUCCUGGCUCUCUUAGGAGCUGGAUUAUCGGCACCAUCCGGCAUCCCCACGUAUCGAGGUCCUGGUGGUAUCUGGUGCACGCAUGAUGUCAGACAGAUUUGCACGCCAGGAGGCUUCGAGGAAAAUCCUGCGCUCGUGUGGGCAUUUGAACUCGAGAGAAGGCAACUGAUCACAGAUGCCAGGCCGAACGCUGCUCAUUAUGCACUCGCAGAAUUCGCAAAGAGAACAAAUGGAUUUCAGGCUAUCACUAUGAACAUAGAUGAUUUGAGUGAGAAAGCUGGGCAUCCAGAGGAUCGACUACACCAUCUCCAUGGAUCCGUCUUUGACUUGAAAUGCACAGAAUGCACACUCGCAAUUUCGGGAGUCGACGCGGAGCAAGCUAUCUGGUCUUUGCUUCAGCAUGACUUUUCUAUCCCACUAACAAGGAAUGCUAUACCGCGUUGUCUGAAUUUGGGCUGUGAUGGCUUACUUCGCCCGGGAAUUGUGUGGUUUACAGAGUCAAUAUCACGGCCACUGCUCGCAUUCUUGUCGGCGUGGAUUGAUGAUCCCUGCGAUCAUCCAAAGACAAUAGACACUAUGCUCGUGAUCGGUACUAGUGCUCUUGUAUACCCUGCAACCGCGUACGUAGAAGCUGCUCGACGCAAAGGUGCGCGUGUUGCCGUGGUUGAUAUUGAGAAAGAGGAUCCGAGCCUGCUCGGACUAGAAGAGCAGGACUGGUAUUUCCAGGGCGACGCAGCUACACUUGUUCCUGAGAUGCUGAAAUCGGGGUUUGGAGUCUGACGUUACUGGCUUGAACGUAUACACGGCUAGGUACGACAUAGGUGAAAUGUACAUAAACAUCAAUCCUG